GUAUUGUGAUUGGAAAAUUUUUUCCUUGAACGAACUGUUGUACUUUUUUGGACAGAGAUAUGCCAGGUUCCUCCGAAAUUGGAUGACAUUUGGGGUUGCUCUCAGUGUUAUAUCUUUAUUUGGUAUUACAAUGAUGCUAUUUUGGGAAGCAGCUGCUGCUUUUCAUCUCCACCGUUGGAGUUUUGGGCUCCAGGAUAUUCCACUUAGCCUGUUUUGGGGCACCACUCCAUUGGUUUCGGGUUUAAGCAUAUCAAUUAUGGAUUUUGCUGUUGUGGUGUUUUCAACAGUGAUUUCUGUCACAGUUCAUGAACUGGGGCAUGCUGUUGCUGCUGCAAGUGAAGGUGUACCAAUUGAGUAUGUUGCUAUAUUCUUGGCGGUUAUAUUUCCUGGAGCUUUAGUUGCUUUCAACAAUGACCUCUUGCAAGCUUUACCCAACUUUGCUUCCCUUCGAAUAUACUGUGCGGGAAUCUGGCACAAUGCAGUGUUUUCUUUGGUUUGUGGACUUGCUUUGCUCCUGCUGCCUUUAACAUUGCAUCCCUUAUAUAUUCAUGGUGAGAAUGCGAUGGUAUUGGAGAUUUCCCCAUCAUCACCUUUGUCUGAUUAUUUAUCACGCGGGGAUGUCAUUUUGUCGGUGGAUGGAGAAAAGAUACAUUCCCCUCAUGAGUUGAUGGAAAAAAUGGUCCAGGUCGAUACCAAGUUGCUUCAAGGAAUGGGCAGUAAUGAAAAGGGGUACUGUGUUCCCAACGUUUUACUAGAAGAGAGCAAGACUGUUUCUGUCCUGGAUGACAAUUUCUCAUGUCCUGAUGGCCAUGCAGCUUUUAUUGGUUUGCCAUGUCUUAAUUCUAGUUCUUUUUUUGAGAUUAGUUCUAAGCAUCAUGGUCGCUACAAAAAAGAAAAUAAACACUGCUUAAGCCCUGAACUAGUUGUUAAACUUACCAAAUGUGGAGAAGGAUGGGGAGGCACUGGAUUUCUCAAGAACCCUUGCUCAUGUUCAAAGAAUGAAUACUGCAUGAAACCUCUGCUGAUCCCUGGAAUGUCAUGGUUUGAAGUUUCAUAUGCAAAACCUUACUCAUCAGAAUGCUUCCAGCUAAGAAGAAACACAUCCUUGGUAGAUUUUAAUCCUGGUUAUGGUUCAUAUCCUUGUGGCAUUGGCACCUUUGUAUAUGUUGGUGACAUGCUUAUAUUGGCCCAUUCCAUGCGUUUGUCGGCAUAUCAGCCUCGCUGGAUGCACUUUAGUUGGAGUAUGGACGUACCUUCAACAUUGGAGAACAUUUUAGCAUGUGCAUAUCAUGUCUCUGCAGCUUUGGCUGCUAUUAACAGCUUGCCGGUCUUCUUUCUUGAUGGUGAAUAUAUUCUAGAGACUGCUCUUUAUUACAUAACCUGGCUAAACCCAAGGAAGCGACGCAGGGCUGCAAAAGUUACCCUCAUUGCUGGGACCAUCCUUUCAGUUAUUGCCUUAUCCAGAAUCAUUUACUUCACAUACUAUUCUGUUACUAAAGUCUAGGGCUCCAUAUUGAAUCUCGUUUUCUGUUGAUAUAAAGGGAAGUCUUACCCUGGAGUAGCUGUUCAGUGAGAUCAAGAUCACUAACAUUGCUGACUUAGGCUUUGUUUGGGACAGCUUUCGUAAUGCUUUUUAAAACGGCUUUCUAGUACAAAAAAUUCAAAUUCAAGAAAUUUUUGUACUAUGAAGCCGUUUUAAAAAGCAAGAAGAAAAUCGUCCCAAACGAAACCUUAGUUACAAGUUUCUGAACAAGUCAUAGGUCUACAAACUAAGGAUUGAUGCAGCAAGUAAAGUCUUCAGCUGGAAUUUGUUUUAUGUGAGAUGAAGAACAUGAUCAAUGCUGGAUGUAAGUUAUAUGUUUUCAUUAGUUUAUUCUUGUUUGUUGCAAAUUUAUUUUUAUGACAGCGUAGGUUCAGACUUUGGUAAUCAAAUUGUUUAGAGAGGGAAGAUUGGUUUGUUAGCUCUGCAAUUUCAACGGCUGUGGUUUUGCAUGUAAACAUUGUUUUUGUCAGGUCCCAAAUUCUGAAUGAGAAAAAUAAAAGAUUGUUUUAG